GGAAAUGAGGAGUGUUAGGAAAGCUGUCAGCUGUCAGUGUAUGUACAGGAGCUGCCUCUUCCAUUGCUCCAGUCCAUAGGAAGUGUGUAACCAUUGACGCUUUCCUGUCUGCUAAGGAAAACCUUUCCCUUCCUACAGCUGGAGCAGGAGGAGAGCAGCCUGCAUUCCGAGCACAGAGGGGACACCACACAGCUAGACGGCAUUAGCUGUGAAUUCAACAUUGUCAGUUCUCCACUUGGGAAAGUAACAAACAUAUAUCUAAUAGGUAAAAGAACGGACUUGUCUGAGAUGUUUGCCAUACAGAAAUCUGAGGCCAGUGCUCAUCAGUCUCCAUUUUAUGAGCCAAAAUCUUUGGGAAGCCUUCCAUUCGCCAAUGUGAAGGACAGGAAGCAGGAUACCAACUUUAAUAUUCUGGAGGAGGCCUACGAUAAGAAUGAAAACUGGAGGAAGGAUAAGAGGGAAGGAGAUGACAGAGAAGAAAAAUGUAAUGAGGAAGAGGACAAACUAGCUGUAGAAGACAAUAGGACACAUCAAAAGAAAAUAGUGAUGGCACAGUUGAAAGUUGCUAGAUCUGAAGGGAUUAGUUUGUCUUCAUCAGAGGAAGAGGUUAGGAGCCCACCUGAAGGUGCAGAAAUUAUGCAGCUGGGAGGGGAUACACCUAAAGAUAAACCAAUUGGCUGUAAUGAAUGGGCCAGUUCACCACUAGAAGACAAUGGUUAUGCUAGCAGUUCACUUAGCAUUGAUAGUCCUGACAGUAUCACCAAUGACGCAUGGGAUGAAGUUAAUACACCAGUCCCAACAUCCACACAGCAAGAAGCUCCUGAAAUAGAGAACUCUGAUGAUGAGUCCUCAACAGAUUCGGAAUCUAUUACACAAACACUAACUGAAGCCUUCCAAAGUCUGCAGGACAAGGAAAAACUAAAGGAGUUAGAAAAGGAAAAACACCAUGCACAGUUAACUAUGUAUAGACGGCUGGCUCUCCUAAGAUGGAUCAGAGGCCUCCAACAACGGGUUAAGGAUCAGCAGAACAGGCUUCAAGAAAGCUUUGACACUAUUCUUGACAACCGCAAAGAGAUCUUGAGAUACAUCCAGCAUGGCUACAAUAAAUCACCUACUAAAGAAGCAGCAUGAGCAUUUUAAGAAGAUAACACCAUGCCUCUUCUAUAUCAGUUAAACUACAUCUUUCAUCCCAAAGUUCUUUUGACCUUCAGACAGAGAACAGAAAGAAGACCACAGGAAUGAAGGAAAACAAAGAAUAGAAGGAUCUUUGUCAUCCUGUUAAAAUAUGAAUGUCUUCUAUGAUAGCUUACAACUGUUUCAUCUAGAAAUAACACUAGUUGUGUUUAUUCAUUUGUGUUGCAAUUUGCAGUACAUAAUGAACUGUAAAGUGGUAAAGAGUCCUAAUUGUCAAAAUUGUUUAAUUUGUAUUGACGAAUACAUGUAAAAAGAGUAAAAUUAGCAGUGAAUUCACACAUGGGAUCUAUCAUUCAAAAAGGCAUGUAUUGUCUCCAGACAAAGUUUUUCAGUGUGUGAAACAUCUUGUCCAAAAGUGUUCUAAGCAUAGUUGGUGUUUAUCUGCCUACUGUUCAUUAAAAGAAAAGUCUUGAUCUAAGUAUUAAGUAAAAUAUGUUAGCAAGAUCCAACAGACAAAUGUAUGCUUUUGAUCAUUUUAUAUGUGAUAUAAUUUUGAAUAUUUUAUAUGUUUUGGUCUAGUACAUGGCCGUGAUCUUGUUCAAAUACAGGAAAAGUUAGCACAGAGGAGGAAUCACAGAAUCAGACAAGCAGAUUUGAUCUUUUAACUUGGGUUCUUUACUUAUUAUUAUUGUAUUGAGGAGCAGUAGUACCCAAAAAGUUUGCCUUAUCUCCAGGAGAAAAUGACUGUUAUAGACAUGAACCUAAAUAUUUUAGAGCUUAGAUCUCUAACAACCUUUUAUUUUGGGCCCUGUCCCUCCUGUUUAAAAAAAAAAGCUACGUCCAUAUCCCAGAAGGCUUCAAAGUACUGGUGACAACCUUCUCGCCUUGGCCUUAGUAAAAAUGCUAGCUAGGGGACAGGUUGGGCUUAAAAAAAAAGGGACUAGAAAAGAAAAAAAAAAUUACUUGCCAUUUUACAUUGCAUGGGUGAAGGUGGGGGAGUAACUUUAAACAUUUACCCUUCUAGUCCUGGCACUUCCUUUUACAUAUGACAAAACUCACCCACUGCUUUACAUUGAAGUGGUGGCAUUGUCAACCUGCUGUAUAGCUUCAGGCUGCCCAAAAGACUGUUUAGCUAACAGGAGGGGAGAAGAUUGGAAAGUGACAUUACUGGAAGCAACACCCUUAUUAACACUAUCACCAACAUACCACUCCCCAGUUCCCAGAAAGACAUUAUCAUUCUUAUCAUGGUAAAAAUAUACAUUAGACUAUCUAAUUUAACCAGUUGAUAUAUAUUUUACUGGAUGGCUGUAAACAUCCAGAUGCUGCUCCUGUCCAUACCCUAUGGACAGGACUAUGGCUGGUGUUGAAUGCUUGUUAUUCAUUAUCUCUCACAAAAAAAGUUGAAGCUUGUUAGGAAGUCUCUGUGCAAGCUAUUUAAUCUAUACCUCUUCAAAUUCUCUCUUCCAUCUUCAUAGUAAGGUAAAAGGAUCUUCAAUUAUUUUA